AUGUGGAGAUCAAUGACUGGUGGAGAUCCACCACCAUAUUAUGCAAGGAUGAAUAAACAAUCAAUGAAUGUGUGAGUUUUUGAGAAAAAUGCUAAUAGAUUGAUAACUGAAAAAGUAAUUUUCAGAAAUCCGGUGACAAAUUCAUUGAAACGAGCAUAUGAAGCAAACACAACACUUCCUCCAUUAGCAGCACAUCGAUCAGGAAUUCUCCCACAAAGAUCGCGACAAAUAUUUCCUGAAUUGAUGAAUAGUGAAAUUGGUCAACGUGUUGAUGAAUUAUUGUCUCGAUUCUUCACAACUGCUGGUAUCUCAUAUGAUUAUGUUGAUGAUCCAUCACUUGUUCAAUUGAUGAAUUUGGUAUGCCCCCAAGUUCAUUUACCAACUCCAGCAACAAUGGAACAAUGCGUUCAAAGACUUGCAUAUCCGAUGAAAGUCAAGGUAAUUUAUUGAUAUUUCCAUUUUCUAAACAAAUCCUUAUUUGUUUUUCAGUCAGUCAUCAAUUUUGGAAAAGCAGUUGGUCCACUUACUGCAACUUUGCACACAUACAAGCACAACGAUGAGAUUUUUCUUGCAUAUUCGAUUCAUUAUUUCGAUGAUUAUAUACAGCGUCGAAAUGUUGUUUUUAUGAGAAAACUUAUCCUUUGCGAGUGAGUCUUGAAAAUUUUUAGAUCUUUAUAAAACUUGAUAUUUCUCAGAAUCGAUGGUGAAAGUGUUAUCACAUAUGUCAGAAGAUCAAUCAACAAUUUCAAUUAUGGAAAUGUUCGUUUUACGAAUAUGGUGACUGUUGACGAAGGAAUGGCUGAUGAAUUGAUUCAUACAAAUGCAGUGACUAAUAACUAUAUUUGCUUUUUCACAUAUCUUUCUCGAUUUAUUGACAAUGUUUUGAAAAUCGAGGAUUUUCGAUUGGGUCUUAAUUCACUUCGAAACUUCAUCUUAUUCUUGAGAAGACACGCCGAUUUGUACAGCAAAUUCAGAAGAAUGCAAUUGUCAAAAAACGGUGAACUUGAUUUGCCUUGCAUUGAUGAUGGAAGAUGGACAUCGACUACAGUAUUCCUUACAAGAUGUCUACUUUUAGUGAGUUAUUUUCCAAACAAAUAUUGAGUACUUUCUGAAAUAAUUUUCAAAAAAUCAUAUUUCAGCACGAGACAUUUGCCGAUUUUGCAAUGCGCUUCAGAUUGACAACAUAUAUUUCGGAUGACACAUAUUCGAAAUUGUCGUAUCUUCAAAGAUUGAUGUCGCACUGUAGACGAUUUGCUAGAGAACUUUCGACACCUGAUAGUUCAGUAUCACAAAUUGUUCCAACUGUCACAUCAAUUAAAGGAUUUUUGGAUGGAAAAUCAGUUGGAUUUGGUUUUGAAGAUGACGUGAAAGCUGUUUUCCGCAAACAUUUGCUCCCUCUCAUAAAUGGUCAAGAAAAUGUGAGAUACGAUUUUGCUUGUCUUCUUGAUCCAAGAUACGGAUAUCGUUGCAAUAUUUAUACAAUGGAAAAAUGGUUGCAAGUUGAGGCUGAUCUUCUCGCUCUGUUCAGCCAAGAAGAUAUGGUGCUCAAUGAUAAAUGUCCUGGAGAAACUGUCAUAUUGAAACCGCAUUCGAGAAAUAUUCGUCAAAACAAAAUUAAGGAGGAGUUGAAAUUGUAUCGCACUGCAUUGACUGCUUCUCGACCCAACACAACAACAAAUGUUUUCCAAUGGUGGGGUAGUAGAAUGAUGGAACUCGUCAAUUUGUAUAAUAAAUCUCGUGAACUUCUUGCUCCACCAGCUGUUGCAAUUGACACCGAAUAUUACUUUGGUAGAAAUGGAAAAUGGACACAUAUGUGUUCGAAUUUGAAUUAUGAGCAAUUGGAAAAUGCAUUAAGUGUUGCAGCACAACAAGAACAAUUCAAGUAAGAAUUACCUUCAAAAUGAGGAUUAAAAAUAUUUUUCAUUUUUUCAGAGGUCGCGGAUAUAUCUCUGAAAGUGCUCUUGCUCCAAUUGUACACGAUCCAAAGCGACGUGCAACAAAUCCAAUUGCUCCAAGACCUAAUCAUUUGAAAACACAUGCUGAUACAAGAGAUCCGAAGAACAUACCUUCAACUUCUGCAGCUUCAGCAUUACCUGAUGAUGAUAUGAUGAUGAUGCAACCUCCACCAUCCAAAAAACCUCGUGUUAUGCCAGAAGCUGAAGUCAAAAAAGAGCCAGGAAUCACUGAUGAUACUGUUAUCAAAAUUGAGCCAGAUGAUCCACCACCACAAUUGGAAGUCAAGCAAGAAAUUAUUGAUGAAGGUUAUGAAGAUGUCAAGCCACCAGUUCUACAAGCCAGUUCCUCAAAAACACAAGCGUAAGUUUUUUAAUCAAAAAUUAUGUUCAAUUAUUCAACGAUAAUUUUCAGACCACCAAGCAUAUUGACAGAAAAAAUAGAUGAAGAUGAUUCGAAAUGUUGUAUUUGUUUGAGAGAUGAAGAGCCGGAAAAACUCAAGGAAUGUAUAUUGCCAAAUGAAAAACUGCUAGUUUUACUUGGAAUGGUUGUUGAUUCAAAAAUGUCAAUUGAAGAGGCUCGAUAUUGUUAUAUGAAAAUCAAAAGAACUUUGAUUUGUCACAGACAUUUCAAAGAAUCGGUAUGUUUUAUUUCAACAAUGUUAUAUUUCGAAAAUCUCCUAUUUUUUAGUGUGAUCAAUUGUUUUCGUCACUCGAACUCAAUGUUACCGAUGAGAUUUUCCAUCUUUCUCAUGCUCGCAUGAAGUAUUUGUUGGAUUAUAUUGAAGACAUUAGAGCACAAGAUAUGCCACUUCUAGCAUUCAAACAAUUAUUCACCAUCUUCUGUGAAAAAUAUCCACCAUCUCAAUUGAAAGUUCCUGGAACAAUCACUUUUGAUGCAAUUUUCUCACGCAAUCAUCGCCAAGAAGAAGGACCGUCAAGUUCUCAAAAGACAUCACUUCUUCCAAAAGGAUUACGCGCACAACGAAAACCAAAUGAAAGAGAUAUGGAUAGUCCAAUUUUCCACAAAGCACAAGAAAUGUUGAGUCAAGAGAAGGCGUCGCUCAACAAUCAAGAUAAAGGAAUUUUGCCGAAAUCACAACGAGCUCCACGAAAACAAAAAUUGGAAGGUGAUUCGGCGGAAAGUGAAGAUAUGAUCAUCCGAAGAGUUAUUCCAAUUGAAAUCAAUUAUGAAUUGCCAUCAAGGAUCAAGAAUCCCGGAAAAUGUUCAUAUUGUAACAACACUGUUGAAAGGGCUGAUCUCAUUCGAGUUCCAAAAUCUGAAACUCGUCGUAAAUUGUGGUUUGAUAAACUUGGCGAAAAAUUCGAGAGAAAAGUGAAAGCUUUUGAAAACAGUUUCAUUUGCCGCGCUCAUUUUGCUAAACAUCAUUUCUCAAAAACUGGAAGACUUGUGAAGAAUGCAAUGCCAUAUGCAAUUGGAGAGUUAGUCUCAUAUGAGGUAAAUUGAUUUAUAGAAAAACAACUGAAUUUAUCAUUAAAAUGAGUAUAUUUUCAGAUUGUCGAAGAUCAUUUGCUUCAAUCCGAUGAUGAAACUGAAUCUGAUGAUGAGGCUGAACGAUUUGUUCCACCAAAUCAAAUGCUUAUGAACAUUGUCAAAGAAGAAGAAUUGGUUGAUGUGAAGCCGGAUAUCGUUACUCUCAACGCUGAGGAAAAACCACCAACCAUCAAUGCUAAACCAACUGAAAGUGUCAAAAAACCUGCAGAAGUCAAGAAACCUGAAGCAGUCAAGAAACCUGUGGCAGUAAAGAAACCUGAACCAGUAAAGAAGCCUGAACCAGUGAAGAAAACUGCGCAAGUUCAAAAACCAGCGGAAAUCAAGAAACCCGAUGGAAAACGAGUGACUCGCUCAUCUGGUAAACCAUAA